AUGGGAAGUAGAUUCAGGGUUAGUUUUGAAGAUGAGAAGGGAGCAGAAACAGGGAUGCCGAGCUUCAAUUCCGACGAUGCAUGUUAUACAGAAGGGAACACAGCUGAUGCCUUUCAUGUUUCUGACUUCAGUGCAUUUGGUCAGCCGUAUCGCUUAGAGGAUGCUGUUGCUCUGAGCGGAAAUUCAAACUCGAUUUUUAACUCACUAAAAGUUAGUGGCCAAACAAUUUCUCCUGGCCCUGUUCACAUCAGUACUCUUGGAAAGUUUCCAACUUCACUUGAUAAAAGCCCCUUGGAGAAUCAAACAGAGCCACAUAGGUUGCAAUUAACAAAGCUUCAAUCAUCAAAUCCUAGCAGCAGUACGAUAUUAAGUGUUCAUAUAGAAAACCAGGAAGAGUUUGCCAUGGCUGAUGCCAGUCCUAGGACUGAUAUUUCUACGGAUGUUGACACUGAUGACAAGAAUCAACGGUUCGAUACAAAUCAAUCCCUUGCUGCUGUGGGUUCCGACUCCAGUGACAGAUCAAAGGAUAAAUCAGAUCAAAAGACUCUCCGCAGGCUUGCUCAAAAUCGCGAGGCAGCAAGAAAAAGCCGGUUGAGAAAGAAAGCCUAUGUCCAACAGUUGGAAAGUAGUCGUUUGAAGCUGACUCAACUAGAGCAAGAGCUUCAGCGAGCCAGACAACAGGGAGUCUUCAUAUCAAGCUCAGGUGAACAAACACAUUCACUGAGUGGAAAUGGGGCAAUGCAAUUUGAUGCAGAAUAUGCAAGGUGGCUAGAAGAGCAAAAUCGACAAAUUAACGAGCUAAGAGCAGCUGUAAAUUCUCAUGCAAGUGAUACCGAACUUCGCAUGAUUGUUGAUGGUAUAUUGGCACAUUAUGACGAGAUUUUUAGGCUAAAAGGUGUUGCAGCUAAGGCCGAUGUUUUCCAUUUGUUGUCCGGCAUGUGGAAAACACCUGCUGAGAGGUGUUUUUUAUGGCUUGGUGGUUUUCGCUCGUCUGAACUUCUCAAGCUUCUGGUAAGUCAAUUGGAACCUCUCACAGAGCAGCAGUUGAUGGGUAUUACCAACUUGCAACAAUCCUCCCAACAAGCAGAAGACGCAUUGUCUCAAGGCAUGGAAGCAUUACAACAGUCCCUCGCAGAGACAUUGUCCACCGGCGCACCUUCCUCCUCUGGUUCCUCAGGGAAUGUCGCAAAUUACAUGGGUCAAAUGGCUAUGGCCAUGGGUAAACUCGGGACACUCGAGGGCUUCAUUCGACAGGCUGACAAUCUGCGCCAGCAGACACUACAACAAAUGCACCGAAUAUUGACAACACGACAAUCGGCUCGUGCACUCCUUGCCAUACAUGAUUACUUUUCGCGGCUGCGCGCUCUCAGCUCCCUCUGGCUGGCGCGGCCAAGAGAUUAA